AUGGAGCAGGGCAGCGGCGCUGGGGGGACUGGUGGCACGGCACCCCCCGAAGCAGACGGCGGCACAACCCCACUGGUCCCAGCAGCUCUGCAGGCUACCCAGCCCCAAGGGGGGAAGGCAGCACCCAUGGAGGGGACGGUGCCAGCUGCCGGCGGGGCGCAGGGCGAAGGGAAGGAUGAGCCCGGGCAGGAGAAGGCUGCAGCCGCUGCUGCUGCGGCUCAGGAUGGCGGACAGGCAGAGCCUGGGAAGGAGAAGGCUGCGGGAGAGGCCGGAGGAGGGAAGGCAGAGCCGGCGGGGGAGAUGGCCCCGACCGCUCCAGAGCCCGGGGAUGGAUGGAAGGCAGCGCCGGCAGAGGAGGCUUCGGCUGCGCAGCACGAUGGAGGGCAGGCGGCAUCUGCGGAGGAGAAGGUGCCGGCUGCCGCCGAGGCUCGGGAUGGAGGCAAGGAUGAGCCCGGGAAGGAGAAGGCUCCAGCUGUGGGAGAGCCCCAAGGAGGGCAGGCAGUGCCCGCGGAGGGGAAGGGUCCGGCUGUAGCAGGGGCGCGGGAUGGAGGCAAGGACGAGCCCAUAAAGGAGCAAGCCCCUGGUGGGUUAGAGGCUGAGGGUGGUGGGAAAGCAGAGCCCACGGGGGAGAAGGCUCCGGCUGCAGCGGAGGCUGAAGGAGGGAAGGCAGAACCCGUGGAGGAGAAGGCCUUGGCUGCAGCACAGGCUCGGGAUGGCAAAGAGCAGCCUGCAAAGGAGAAAACCACAGCUGCUGCAAAGGAGAAGGCCCCAGCUGCUGCAAAAGCUCAGGAUGGAGGGAAGAAAGCUGCAAAGGCAGAGAAAACCCCAGCUGAUAAAAAGCCUGCGAAGGAGAAGGCUCCAGCUACUGUAAAGGCUCAGGAUGGAGAGAAUAAAGUGGCAAAGGCAGAAAAAGCCCCAGCUGCAAAAAAGGCUCAAGAUGGAGGCAAAGAGGAGCCUGCAAAGGAGAAAGCCGCAGCUCCUGCAAAGGAGAAGGCCCCAGCCGCUGCCAAGGCUCAGGAUGGAGCGAAGGCAGCAGCAAAGGCAGAGAAAACCCCAGCUGCAAAGAAGCCUCAAGAUGGAAGCAAAGAAGAGCCUGCAAAGGAGAAAGCCCCGGCUGCUGCAAAGGUGCAGGAUGGAGGGAAGAAAACUGCAAAGAUGGAAAAAAACACAGUUGCAUCAAAGGCUGAGGACGGAGGCAAAGAAGAGCCUGCAAAGGAGAAGGUCCCAGCGGCUGCCAAGGCUCAGGAUGGAGAGAAGGCAGCAGCAAAGGUGGAGAAAACCCCAGCUGCAAAAAAGGCUCAAGGUGGAGGCAAAGAGGAGCCUGCAAAGGCAAAAUCCGCAGCUCCUGCAAAGGAGAAGGCCCCAGCCGCUGCCAAGGCUCAGGAUGGAGGGAAGGCAGAGAAAACCCCAGCUGCAAAGAAGCCUCAAGAUGGAAGCAAAGAAGAGCCUGCAAAGGAGAAAGCCCCGGCUGCUGCAAAGGUGCAGGAUGGAGGGAAGAAAGCUGCAAAGGUGGAAGCCCCCCCAGCUGCAGCAGAGGCUGGGGAUGGAGGCGAGGAGCCCGCAAAGGCAGCGGCCACGGCUGCUGUGAAGGCUCAGGGUGAAGGGGAGAAAGAGGCAAAGGUGGAGGAGACAGAGAAGCAGCAGCAGCCGAGGGGCCCCGAGCCCCCGCGCCCGGCUCUGCUGCAGAGCCUGAGCUGCCCAGCCGCCUGCCAAAGGGAGGAGCAGCCCUCGGCGGAGGCGGCAGCGAUGGAGAUGAUACCGGAGGAGACCACGGCGGGCGAGCGGGACCUGGUGGCGUGGUGGCCCGGAGAGGGUGACACGCAGCAGCGUGGCCUGGAGAGGGCGAGCGUGACACGCGGGACGGUGGGGAACGAUGUCCCUCCGCCGCCGGCGCCCUUCGCCCACCGCAUCGUCACCCUGCGGUCCGCCAGCGUCAGCUCCCAGUACAACCUCAGCUCCAAGGAGAUCCUGGGAGGGGGCAAGUUCGGCGAAGUCCACAUAUGCACGGAGAAGCAGACGGGGCUCAAGCUGGCGGCCAAAGUGAUCCGGAAGCAGGGCGCCAAGGACAAGGAGAUGGUGCUGCUGGAGAUCGACGUGAUGAACCAGCUGAACCACCGCAACCUCAUCCAGCUCUACGAUGCCAUCGAGACGCCCCGGGAGAUCAUCCUCUUCAUGGAGUUCGUGGAGGGCGGCGAGCUCUUCGAGCGGAUCAUCGACGACGACUACCACCUGACGGAGGUGGACUGCAUGGUGUUCGUCCGGCAGAUCUGCGAGGGCAUCCGCUUCAUGCACCACAUGCGCGUCCUCCACCUCGACCUCAAGCCCGAGAACAUCCUCUGCGUCGCUGCCACCGGGCACAUGGUGAAGAUCAUCGACUUUGGGCUGGCUCGAAGGUACAACCCCCAGGAGAAGCUGAAGGUGAAUUUCGGCACCCCCGAAUUCCUCUCCCCCGAGGUGGUCAACUAUGAGCAGGUCUCCUACUCCACGGACAUGUGGAGCAUGGGCGUCAUCACCUACAUGCUGCUCAGCGGCCUCUCCCCCUUCUUGGGUGACAACGACACCGAGACGCUCAACAACGUCCUGGCUGCCAACUGGUACUUCGACGAGGAGACCUUCGAGAGCGUCUCUGACGAGGCCAAGGACUUUGUCUCAAACCUCAUCAUCAAGGAGAAGAGCGGCCGGAUGAGCGCCGGCCAGUGCCUGCAGCAUCCCUGGCUCAACAACUUGGCAGAAAAGGCCAAGCGCUGCAACCGCCGGCUCAAGUCCCAGGUGCUGCUGAAGAAAUACGUCAUGCGGCGGCGCUGGAAGAAAAACUUCAUCGGCGUCUGUGCCGCCAACCGCUUCAAGAAGAUCACCAGCUCGGGGUCGCUGACGGCACUGGGCGUCUGAGCGGGG